AUGCAACAACCACAACGUACUCCUUACAUAUAUCAAUAUGUACAGCAGCACAACCAACAGCAGCAACAACAGGUCGUACAACAUCCCCAACAGACGACCCAACAACAGACGACCCAACAACAACAGCAACCUGAUAUAAUUGAACAACAGGUCAAUGUGUUGCACGAGAAAUUCAAAGAGUUCUCAAACAAGUAUAUUGGAUCAGAAUGUGUCUUGUAUUAUAAGUUGACACCACCGACUGAUAAGGAGUAUGGUGUGGCAGUGUACGACUUGCAGUACGACCUGCACAUAAAGACUGGCCUGGUGCCAUUUGCCAUGCCACGCCCGGGCCAGGACGUCAAGUCCCUGCCCGCCAACAUGACCAUGAUCUCGGCGUUGCAAUACUUUAUCGAUGGAAUUGGCUGUCUGAUGGCGGGCCGUUCCCAGUGUCCGGCGAUGAACACCAAUCCCGCAGCGUCCAACCCCAUGCGCGCCACCGUCCUGAUGUACAUGGCCAAGGUCAACCUCAUGGUGAGCAAGCUCAACGAACAUCUCCUUAAGCUGCCAAUGCUUUCGUCGUCGUCGCCAACCACAACCGCCGCGAGCAACCCAUUGAUCGACCACUUUAAGCGCGAGUGUGAGGCACUGAAGAAGAUGCAGGCCUACUGCUACGAGAGCGCGCCGGCCGAGCCAACGGUCAAGCACCAGCUGGCGCUGCGUCUCUUCUCACUGUUGCACUGCAGCUACUGGGACAUGCCGUUCCUGGACGACGCCGAGCGUCUCAAGCACUCGUACCCUGUGUACAAGCUGCUGGCCGACGUGGCCAACGAGAAUCCCGCCGAGUCCAAGUUCAUCUACUCGAUGGGAUCGUUCUGCUACUCCUACUUCCAGAUGUACAAGACUGUCUACCACAUCAGCACGCCACAAUUCUUCAACUUCCACACCAAUCCAACAUUCGACCAGACCAUCUACGGUCACAUGCUCACCUAUCUCAAGCAUUCCAAUCAUAGUUUCCAGAGUGAGUUUGAUAGACACGCAAACAAUGCAGAGUAUUGGUUCAUAUAUGCAAAGACAUGUUGUUUGUUAAACUAUGAGGAAAAGGCAUAUAGCUGGAUACAAUUGUUUAUCAAUCAGGCAUGCAAUAGAGUGCAAUUGGCAAAGAUUGUGGACACUGAUCCAGACCUGGUACCAUUCCACACCAAGACAUGGUACAAGGAGAUCAUGAAGUCGAUCGAGGAGGAGGAGGAGAGGAUGCUCCAGCAGCAGAUCGCACAGGAGCAGCAAAAGCAGAUCAUGAUGGAGAAGGUCAUGGCCGACUUUGAGUCUGACCUGAUCAAGUCCGAGCCAGCCGACCACCAAUUCGAGCUGGUUCAAUCAUCACCAGUUGUAGUUGGUAACUCUGGCAACUCUGUACCUGCCGCCAACACUGGCGCCAUCACCAACAACAACACAAACAACAACAAUCAGUACAAUGAGUUCAAACAGAAUAUCAUCGUGGAUGGAUUCUCUCACAAGAACAUGAACAAUGACUCAAUGCUCAUCUCAUCUGUCAUCCUACUCAGUAUGACUCAGCCUCCCGAGGCCAAGGAAGCCGAGCUCGCCAAGAAGAGACUGGGAGAGCGUUUGAACUUGUACAUGUUAAAGAAUAGUAAAGAGAUCCCAGGUGAUGGCAACUGCCAGAUGCAUGCUUUGUCCGAUCAACUCUAUGGUGAUCUGACUCGUAGUCCAGAGAUUAGAAAGACUAUUGUAGAUUGGUUAAGAAAGAAUAAGGACUUUGCUUUCCCCAACGGAGCAACAUUGUGUCAAUUUGUAAAUGGAAGUUGGGAUGACUACUGCAAUGAGAUGUCAAAGAGCGGAAUUUGGGGCGAUCACUUGACAUUGUUAGCAGCGGCAGAGAUUUACAAGGCAAAGAUCAGUAUCAUCUCUUCGGUGGAGAGCACCAGUCAUUUCUUCAUCGAGAUCAUUCCAACCAAGAUUGAGAAUCCCAAAGUAUUACUACUGUCACACUAUGCCGAGUUCCAUUAUGGCUCACUGUGCUUCAUGGCUUAG